ACGACCUUGACAGGCGCUAAAUUACCUUGAGAAAUAAAUGAAUUCCCUGCUUGAUUUUUAAAGGCGCUAUCUUAAAACUGACCGUUUACACUUGACAAAGCAUUUGUGUAAUUGUUCAAAGGGGGUUACACCGUUUCUGAAGCGUAUUCUAUAAUAAAAAUGAUGUUGCAUCCUUCAGAUUCUGAAGAUAUUGUCGAAGAGAGAGUAAUAAAUGAAGAAUACAAGAUAUGGAAAAGGAAUACUCCGUUCUUGUACGAUAUGCUGAUGUCACACUGCUUGGAAUGGCCAAGUUUAACUGCUCAGUGGUUGCCAUCUGUGGAAAGGUAGGUAGUAUUCUCAAAUAAUGUUCUACAGGACUGGGCGAGAUUAUUCCGUUCAUCGUUUAAUACUCGGGACUCACACAUCUGAUGAGCAAAAUCAUUUGUUGAUAGUUACGGUUCAUCUACCGAAUGACCAGGCAGAGUUUGAUGCAAGUGCUUAUGAUAGUGAACGAGGUGAUUUCGGGGGAUUUUAUUUUCCAUCUGGGAAGUUGGAAAUAUCAAUGAAAAUAAAUCAUGAAGGCGAGGUCAAUCGUGCUAGGUUUAUGCCACAGAACCCAGACAUAAUAGCUACCAAAACACCAAGUGGUGAUGUUUUAAUAUUUAAUUAUCCAAGACAUCCACCGAAAACUCCAUCAGACCGUGGUUGCCAACCUGAUUUACGUCUCAAGGGUCAUCAAAAAGAAGGUUAUGGUCUUUCAUGGAAUGUGUCUCUUAAUGGUCAUCUCCUUUCAGCAUCUGAUGAUCAGACAAUUUGUUUAUGGGAUGUUAAUGCUGCUCCUUUAGAUGGCUGUGAUCUAGAUGCGAUGGCUAUCUUUACGGGUCAUCAUUCAGUAGUUGAGGAUGUUUCUUGGCAUCUUUUCCAUGGACACAUUUUUGGUUCAGUAGCAGAUGAUAACAAACUUAUGGUUUGGGAUACACGGAGUUCAAAUCGUACAAAACCUCAGCACCAAGUAGAUGCUCAUACAGCCGAAGUCAAUUGUCUUGCUUUUAAUCCGUUUUCUGAGUUUAUUAUUGCAACGGGAAGUGCGGACAAAACUGUUGCUCUCUGGGAUCUGCGUAAUCUUCGGCUAAAGCUACAUUCAUUUGAAUCUCAUCGGGAUGAAAUAUUUCAGGUCCAGUGGUCUCCACAUAAUGAAACUAUAUUGGCAAGCUCAGGGACUGAUCGUCGUCUUCAUGUCUGGGAUUUAAGUAAAAUAGGUAUUGAUCAGACUGCUGAAGAUGCGGAUGAUGGACCUCCUGAGUUAUUGUUCAUUCAUGCUGGACAUACAGCAAAGAUUUCAGAUUUUUCGUGGAAUAUUAAUGAUCCGUGGGCUAUUUGCUCUGUAUCUGAGGAUAAUAUUUUACAGAUCUGGCAAAUGGCUGAGAAUAUAUACAAUGACGAUGAAAUAGAGAUGGGGAAUCCAGAACUUGAACAGCAUUCUUAGCUCGCUACUUUUUUAUCCAUUCUGUUUUAUGUUUUCGUAUAUUCUGUGUGUUUCCUUAACGUUGUGUAUAUAAGAUGCACCAAGAAAUAAAUAUCAAAUUUUGUGUUUUCUA